AUGCCGGGACCCUCCCACCUCUCCGUGCGACUAAAUGGCCGUCAGCUGGCGGCACUUCAUCACUUUCCUGCUCUUCCGCCCGCGUCCUCCACUCCCGCCCAGGUGCUGAACCCUGUCACUGCCACUCAGGCUCUACCUUCUCAGAUCGGUCUCGACAACUCUGCGAUUGCCCGCCCGCCGCGCUCCGCUUCGUCACUUCUUUUCCUUUUGACGCGUCCGUCGAUUCUUGGGACGACUUGGUCCGGUUCCCCUUUCCUGCCAACCUCAUCCAACUUGUCUUGUGCUCCUGACUUUGCUCCAUUUCGCUCCAACAUCUUGCGCGCCGCAGCAUUCGCAUCCUCAACCGCCGCAAUCAUGCGCUGGUUAACGUCCUUUGCGGGCUAUCUAGCCCCCAUCUUCCUCAUCAUGUCGCCAGUUCUCUCCUAUAGCGACCAAGCCCUGUCGAUGCACAAGAACAAGUCCAGCGCAGGCUUCUCUCUCGACAUCCCGCUGAUUAUGCUGGUAGCCUCUCUGUUGAAGAUCUUCUACUGGCCCGGCGCGCGAUUCGAUACUGCCUUGCUCAUUCAGGCCCUCCUCAUGAUUGUUAUGCAAGUCAUCUUGCUCAAGAUUGCUCUGGACCACCGCUUGCCGCCAUCGGCCAAAGGAGGAGAGGCCGCGACGCCGUUCGCCAACGUCAACGACGGUCCUGUGUUUGGCGCACAAAGGCCCUACCACUUCUGGCAGUGGAGGUCACCCAAGCCGUACUGGCAAUUCCUCCUCUAUCUCUUCAUCGGCUUGACCGUCUGCGAACUGCUCCUCGCGCCCGUGCGACCCGUAUACCAAACCUACUCGAUGCUCAUCGGCUACAUUGGUCUCUCGGUCGAGGCGACGCUGCCCCUGCCCCAGAUCUUCUCCAACUCGCGGUCCAAGUCUUGCAAGGGCUUCCGCUUCUCCGUGCUGGCGAGCUGGCUGAUUGGUGACGCUAUGAAGAUGUUUUGGUUCUUCACGUCGACGACGGAGAUCCCCUGGGCUUUUAAGCUGUGCGGCAUGUUCCAGGCUGGAUGCGACUCGUUCCUCGGUGUCCAGUAUCUCAUGUACGGAGAUGGCGAGAAGGGUGAGAUCAAGGAGCACCCCAUGUCCCAGUAUCCUCAGUACCCUAACGGGGUCUACAAGCCUCCUUUGCCCGAGCACGUCAGUGGCAGCCAUCUCGAUUACCUGCUCUUCCAAUGUAAGAUGGUUAUUUGGGUUCAAGAUCUACCGAUAUGUACGGAGACGUCCCGCAUCGCAGCGGUGUAA